AUCCCGUCGACGUGCUCCAGGCCCUGCAGCUCCAGACCCUGCCCGAGGGCGUGAAGAAGGCUCCGGGCUUCUGCUCCCGGCACGGCGCCGCCGACGCCGCCACGGCCUACCGGAUCACGCGGCGCGCGCAGCUCAGCGCGCCCACCCGCCAGCUCUUCAGCGGUAAAUUCCCCGAGGAUUUCUCCAUCAUGGCGCUGGUGAAGGCCGAGCCGGGCGUCCAGGCCUUCCUGCUCUCCGUCUACAGCCGCGACGGCGUCCAGCAGCUGGGCCUGGAGCUCGGCCGCUCGCCCGUCUUCCUCUACGAGGACCAGCACGGCCGCCCGCCCCCCGAGGAAUACCCCCUCUUCCGCGGCGUCGACCUGGCCGACGGCGAGUGGCACCGGGUGGCCCUGAGCGUGCGGGGACGCGCGGUGACGCUGCUGCUGGACUGCCAGGAGACGGCGCGGAGACCCCUGCCCCGCAGCGCCCGCCCCGCGCUCGACACCCGCGGCAUCACCGUCCUCGGCACCCGCAUCCUGGGCGAGGAGGCCUUCCAG